GAGAGAGAGAGAGAGAGGGGAUGUUUGGUUAUGUGCAUUGGAUCCUUCGCCGAAGAGGUUUGAAAGCCUCCGCCAAAAGCACACACUCGGUUGAAACCGUUUCUCUCUCUUUAAUUUGUUGAGACGACGUUGCUCGCUGAUAAAGAUAAAAGACACACGUACCCAAAAGAAGGCUUAUUUGUUCGACCGAUCGAUCCACCCCUGAGUGGCCGGCCGGGCGUGUCGAAUUCAUCAUCAGAGCUGUUUCAAGUUGAUCAUCAGAAAGAUCCGACGAAAAUGAUUGAUCAAUUCAACUUUUUCUUAACAUCAACGUCGUCGUUGGAAUUCUCAUCAGAUGGCGGUCGCUGCCUAAUUGCCUCUACUUCACCACAACAAGAUUAUGAUCAUCAUCCACAAGUAGAUGAAGAAGCAGCACAAGAAGAAAAGAAGAAAGAAUGCGAAAGUGGUAAUGUUUCUUCUUCUGUUUCUGAUGAUCAGGAUAUUGAAGAAGAAGUCAACGACAUUAAGAUGCGAUCAGGUGAAGAAGAAGCAAGAACAAGAACGGUUGGAGGAGAACUGGAAGUAGUGGAGGAAGACGAUGAUGGGUUCAGAACACCAACGACUUUGGAUCACAGAAUCCCAGCAGUGAAUAUCAAACAAUGUCCACCUGCACCUAGGAAACCCAACUCCAACCCCAAAAGAAAAGCUUCUUCUUCUUCUUUCACUACCCGCCGCCAACUCUUCCCGUUGGAUCUCUCUCAAGAGAUUGAAUCUCUCUUCCCGCCAGCCCUUCUAGCCGAUCUUGGCCGUAAGAUCAAGAAAGUUCGUGGAGGUGAUCACUGUCACACCAAAUGAUUUCCCUCUCUCUCUCUCUCUCUCUCUCUCUCUCUCUCUCUCUCUUAUUAUCUAUGAUCUACACUACAGUAUCAAUUUCUAAUUUGUAUUUGGUAAUUAUUAAGGAAAAUGUGAUUAACUGUGUGAUGGGAAUUCCCACGUAACAUAUAAUACAUGAUAUGAGCACUCCAAACUUCUACUGUCUACUCCUUGAUGCUGUUUCUUCUUAAUUCAGUUCGUCAUUUUUUUUUUAGUUCUCUUGCUGCUUCGUUCUCCAUUUUUGACUGGGUUCAUCAGAUCUUCGCUGGGUGUUGUCGGGCAUCUGGGCUGGCCAGCCAUGGAAGCCAAGGCCUGACCAGCUAGUUCUGAAUUUGUAAAGUUAAAGUUGGAGAAAGAUCGAAGCUCAUAUACAGAAGACAAUGGAAAAGGU